CCUGGGCCUCCGAGGGCCCAAGGGCGCGCCGUGACGGGCCGUGCGGUGAGGUCUCUUCCUGUUCCGAGGGCACCGCGCGGUCCGUCCCCCACGCGGUCUUGGGACCACCGAUCCUCGUCUCCCGGCCGGCCUCUCAGGCCCGUGGCACCGCCGGCGUGCCAGCGCGGCCGCCUUCCCUGGUCCCCCCCAUCGUUGCCCUUCACCCCGGGCGCGCACGGGCAUGGCCCCGGCGGCGCCGAUGGGUUCCUCUGGAGGGCAGCGCGCGAAGGAAGCGCGGCAGGACCCGUGCUUGGCGCACCUGCUGGGCGAGUGCGCGCCCGAGGCGCGCCUGGUGCAGCGCAGCGCGGGCGUCGCCGGGCUCGGCAGGGACCUCCUCGACCGGCUCCGCGGCCCAGCGCCCGAGGGCGAGGGCCUGGAGGAGUUGGUGGCCCUCGAGCGGGCGCUGGAGCUCGAGGAGCUGGAGGACGUGGUGCGCUGGCAGUGGGCGCGACGGGAGGACGCAGCAGGCUGCGCUGAAGAAGCUGCUGCGGUGCGGCGUGACCUCGGCCCCCGCGCUGCUGCGGGCGCUGGCGGAGGAGGAGCGGGGCAGGUGCAACCUGAACCGCCGGCUGGAGGACACGGGGCAGAGGGAGCUGCGGCCGGACACGGUGCAGGAGCUCGCCGCGGAGCUGCGGGUCAGGGUGCUCCAGCGCAUGCAGGCGAGAGCGGCGCGGAAGCACGGGGGGCCGUCUUCGCAGGUGUCCACGGAGGGCGACAGGCCGGUGCUGGUGACGGCGCCCCACAACAUCUACGUGGCGGCGGAUCUGCACCGUGACGGACAUGUGCCCCACGUGAUGGAGGAGUAUACCACCUUCAUCGCGCAGCGCCUCGCGAAGCAGCUGCAGGGCGCCAGCAUCACCUGGAGCCGAGCCGAGCAGCGGCGGUCGGAGCUGAUGUGGCUGCUGGCGAGGAGGAGGGGCCUCGACAGCGCCACGUACAUAGACGCCAGGAACAGGGACCCGAACUAUUUGACUCGAAGCGAGGUGCUCGACAACCCGUGGUUCAGGCACAUGCGCGCCAUCGCCGAGGGUUUCCGGGAGGGCGCGCCGCGCGCCCCGCGGCCCGCGCUGCACGUCGACGUGCACGGCUGCCGGGACCCGCCGAGCACGCCCUCGCACCUGACGGUGGGCCUGGCCGCCAUGCGCUGGGAGGCCGAGGCGGGCCGGGACGCGCUGAGCGCCGCAGACGUCAGGGUGUUCGCCGCCGCCCUCGAGGAGGAGCUGACCCUGGCACUCGGCGGGCUGAGCCUCGGCGGUCGGGGCGAGGUGCCCGUCCGCGUGUUGGCGCCCGCCUGGGCGGACGCCGCGCGCGCGGAGCGGCUGAGCGGCGCCUGGCCCCCGGCGUCGCGGCGGGCGACGCAGUCGCAGCAGGCGGUCGCCUACGCGGGCUUCACCCACUCGUGCCAGCUAGAGCUGUCCAAGGCGCUCCGGCGCGUGCUAGUCGCCGACGAGGUGGCCUUGCUGCGCUUCGGCGGCGCGGUGUACAAGGCCUGGGCCCUCUCCGCCGGCGUCCCCCUGCCCGCCCGGCGGCGCGCGCGGCGGGGCCGGGGCAGGGCCAGGGGCCCAUGGCCGCCGGCCGAGGGAGCAAGCCCUCGAACUCGGAGCCGUCGGGGGGUCUGAGGUUCGACGAGCGCGUGCCACGAUUCGCAGAGUACUCCAGAUUUCGUAGUAAAAGGGAGGG